AUUUCUUUUCUCCCUUGAUUGCGGAAACUAUUUUCAGGUGCUUUCGACAGUCGCGACGUCUCCGCUAUGUUGUGCUGUAUGCGAGCAAUAAGAAGUUGGGUGCCCAGGGGCCGAGCUCAACGAAAUGAAGAAUCGAGGCUGCUCGGAGAUGAUGAGAACUUGGGACAAGACCAGGCAAACGCGGGCAAUGGUUAUAUCAAGAAGGUCGUCUAUGGCGCGUUAGAUGGGGUUUUGACAAGUUUUGCUGUGGUGGCGGGGGUCGCUGGAAUGAAAUUGGCGCCUUCCGUCAUUGUCCUGCUGGGACUCUCGAAGCUCUUUGGAGACGGAUUUAGCAUGGGUGCGGGGGACUAUGUGAGCUCUAAAACUGAAUACAACUAUGCGGUUCAAGAGCGAAAGAGGGAGUUAUGGGAGUGCUACAACUAUUUAGAAGGAGAAAAAAGCGAGAUGAUUGAAAUUUAUCAAAACCGAGGGAUGAGUCUGGCGGAGGCGUCUGAACUCGUUGAUCUAUUUUGUCAAGAUAUGAAUCGGUUUGUGGACAUUAUGAUGUACGAGGAAUUGGGGAUUCUUAACCCCGAUGACAACGAGUCCGUCUUCAAGCCGACGUUGGUCAUGUUUUUGGCGUUUGUCAUUUUUGGUGCAUUGCCGUUAAUUCCGUUUGCAGUCGUUUUUAUGGUAAUGGGCGAUGUGGGGAUUGGUUAUUACAGUGCAGCGUUUUGGUCUUGCAGUGCGCUGUCGUUUUUGACGAUGUUCGCUCUUGGCGCCUGGACGUCCGUGUAUUCGUCUGGGAAAUGGUAUGUGGCAGGAGCGGCCAUGGUGUGUGUGAGCGUGGUUGCGGCUGCGGCCGCGUAUGGAAUUGGAAUGUUUGGAGAUUAUCUCGUGGGCGAGUUGGAUCAUCGUCCUAACGGUCUGGAGUUUGUGUGGGACAGCCUGUCGCAGAGCUGACGAGUUCGGGGGUUUUUGCGUGGAUUGGCUGAUGAGUCCGGGAGGGUGUACUUUGCCAUAGUAUAGAAAAAUUUGGUGACGGGGUGGGGCGUGCAUGGGCAGAGUUGUGUGUAUUUUUUUUUCGCCAGGCGUUUUGAAGUGUGGCGGGGAGAAGGGGCGCGCUUAGAUCUGCAAGGAGUCGGCGAGGCAUAGGCGCAGAUGGUGUUUAGGGGGUGUACAAAGGUGUCCUGUCCGUGCCGUAUCGUUGGUGCGGAGGGUGCGUUGGGUUUUCGAGCUUCGCGGCUCACGCGUAGGGAAGGGCGUUUUACAUUAUGUGUGUGUUGUGACGAUUAGCGCAUUUAUGUGUCAUGGAAGCAGCGUGUGUGUAUAUGACAGUAAUUAAAAAAAAAUAUUUUAUGGUUCAGAUCGCAACGAAUGUUAUAUUACUGAGUGUUGGAAUAUGGCAGAGGACAGGCAGUAUCUAUACCAGUUGAUUAUGAGCCAGCUGGAGAAUGACGGCUACAUUGGGGCAGCAAGUGUUUUAGAAGAGGCGACGCUGACGCCGAAGGAUCCGAAUAUACCGCCAUCACAUUUGGAGACGCUGGUACAGAUAGGGAUGGCAUCCGAGAGGGAGACAGGUGGUGGUGCAGAGGCGCUGGGUUACCAUAGAGAGGAUUGGUAUGAUGGGAUGACGAAGGAGGUGCAGGGAAUUGACUUUGAUCAAGAGAAGAAGGAGGGUAAAAAGGCGACGAUUCGGACAAACUACCAUACAAGGUUCAUUGCUACACACAAAUUUGCAUGUCGGUGCGCGGCGUUUUCUCCUGAUGGUCGGUAUUCGGCCACAGGAUCGCAGGAUACAUCGAUUAAGUUACUGGACGUGUCCAAGAUCAAAGACGCACAGGUGAAUCGUCUCGAAGAAGAGGAUGGGAACACAAAUGUGCGAGCAGUGAUACGCACAUUUUACGGACACACGCAAUCUGUGAACGACUUGGAUUUUCAUCCCAGUCGUCCUUUGUUGGCGUCUGCAUCUCGAGAUUGCACCAUCAAGUUUUUCGAUUUACAGAGUUCCAACAAGCGGGCCAAGAGAGACUUGAAGGACAGCCACAAUGUCCGCUCGGUGAAGUUUCACCCCAGCGGAGAAUACCUUUUAGCAGGAACUGAGCACACGUUUUUGCAUUUGUAUUGUUGUCAGACGCAGCAAUGCUACGUGGCGAGACAGCAGAGUGGCCACCAUCAGAAGGCGAUCAAUCAGGUGAACAUCAACGCAGACGGACAGAUUUUUGCCAGUUGUAGCAAGGACGGGACGGUCAAGUUGUGGGAUGGACGCAACUUGACGUGUACGAGCACGUUGGAAAAGGCGCACGAAGGUCGAGAAGUAUAUUCUAUUCAGUUUUCGAAGAACGACAAGUAUUUGUUAACAGGCGGUCAGGACUGUGUAGCGCGUUUAUGGGAUCUUCGUGUCGGGAGACAGCUGACGUGUUACAGUCAUUCAAUGAUGGGGGGGAUGAGUGUAUCGAAGAUUCGGUCGCAGGUGACGUUUUCCUAUGACGAAACGCAAGUUAUUGUACCAGACGAAAAUAUCAUUGGAGCGCUUGUAUUUGACACGAUAACCCACGAGGUGACCCAGAAGUUGUUUGGACACAGUCAGGCGCUUCGAGCGAUCGUGACUGCGCCGUCUGAUCCGCACAUCAUUACAUGCAGUGAGGAUUCCAGGGCGAGGUUUUGGGUUGACGAGAAUCAGAGAUAAAAAACAUGUACUAGUGGCAGGAAGGAUGUGUGUAGCGAGCGUAUUUAUGGUUAAAG